AUGAACCCGCAUUUAUCGAUUAACGUGUACGGCUACAAAGAUACGUUUAUACAUGGUUUGGAAAUUUUCCCUGUACGCGUUAGUUCGAACACUGCGGGGCAGAAAAUUCAUCUAUUGGCUGUGGAGAAUGGGAACAGUCACCACUUUUGCUGGAUAAAAAAUUUAGCAAAGUUGAGUCGAUCGGGUGUAAAGAGUAAUAGACAUAAAAUUUAUUUAUGUGAUCGAUGUCUCAACUAUUUUGCUACAGAAGUCAAACUCCAACAGCAUUCAGUAAAUUGUGGUGAAAAAGAAGCGGUGCGGGUACGAAUGCCUGAAACUGAUGACGAGCGGUUCGUUGAGUUCAAAGAUUUCAACAGCAAGGAACGUGUUGAGUAUAUGGUGUACGCUGACUUUGAGGCGUUAUUGGUACCACAACAUCAUGAAGACAUGGAAAUGGAUCAUGGGUCUUAUACAAAAAAUAUUCAAAAACAUGUACCCUACAGUGUAGGUUACUAUGUUCAUUGUACCCAUGAUCCCAACCAAUCGUUUUAUAAGGCAUACCGUGGUGCUGAUUGUGUCAAGUGGUUUGUUCAUGAACUGGAACAAGUAGCGUACUCAUUAGAGCAAAAAAUAAAACACGUUAAACCAAUGUAUCCGCUCACCGUCGAACAAGAACUGGAUUUUAUGUCAGCAGAGAAGUGUCACAUUUGUGAUAAAGAUUUCGUAUCCAAUUCCAUACGUGUUCGCGACCAUUCACAUCGCACAGGUAUCUACCGUGGAGCAGCACACCAAUUUUGUAAUCUGCAUUAUCAAGAUUCAAGGGUGAUACCUGUUGUGAUGCACAACUUAAGUGGAUACGAUUCGCAUUUUAUUAUUGAAGCUCUGCUGACGGAAAUCGACGGUCAAGUUGAUGUGUUGCCCAUCAACAAAGAAAAGUACAUCAGUUUCACAAAGCACGUCUCGGACAUUCAACUAAGAUUCAUCGAUUCCUUCCGAUUUCUCGCAGACAAGUUAGAAAAUCUGGCCUCAUAUUUAGAUAAUGAUAAAAAAUCCAUUUUACAUAAAGAGGUCAGUAAUGAUGAACAAUUUCAAUUGCUAACGAGAAAAGGUGUAUUUCCAUAUGAAUACAUGAGUAGCUGGGGACGUCUCCAAGAGACAAAAUUACCACCAAAGGAGGCGUUCUACAGUGUGUUAACAGAUGAACACAUAACGGAUGAGGAUUAUAACCAUGCGAUACAGGUAUGGAACACAUUCAAUUUACAUACACUAGGUGAUUAUUCUGACCUGUAUAUGAAAACUGAUGUGUUACUACUUGCGGAUAUUUUUGAAAAUUUCCGUAACACUUGUAUUCAUAGCUAUAGUCUCGAUCCUAGUCACUAUUACACACUUCCUGGCUAUACGUGGAGCGCCAUGUUGAAAUACACCAAUAUCAAAUUGGAAUUGUUCACGGAUAUUGAUGACUUGUUGUUUAUCGAGAAAGGAAUCAGAGGCGGUGUAAGUCAAUGUUCUAAUCGCUAUGCUAAGGCAAACAAUAAGUACAUGGAAGAGGGGUAUGAUAAAACUCAAGAAGAUGUCUACCUUAUGUAUUAUGAUGUGGUGAACCUAUAUGGUGCAGCAAUGUGUGGAUACCUACCAACAGGAAAUUUUAAGUGGGUCGACACACCAAACAUCGAGGAUGUUGCAGAUGAUUCACCAGUCGGGUACAUUUUAGAAACGUAUCGAAAACGUUUGUGUAUGACUUCCACUACAACUACAUGUACCAACGGUGCAACCCCACAAAUGUCAGGUUAUUAUACACAGACACCGAUAGUCUAA